UCGAUUGUCUUUACUCUGUGACAGGUGGUGAGAGUGAAGACGGAGGAGAAAGAGAGAACAGUGAUAGUGAGGAUGAAGGGACUGGAGAAGAGGAACAGAAAACAAAACCGUCUUUUGCCAUCAUACCAAAUAACACUACACCUGUACCUCUUGGAUGGCCUAAGGAGAAAGCCGUUGCCAUCAGAAUCAGUCGCAUCAUUUUUGCUUUCCGUAACAAAGUCUGGCCCAAACCAAUGGAAGGACUGGACCUAUUCAAUCCAGUCCCAGCACUAACGGAAGAGGACUCCUCCUCCUCACCCUCUCCAUCACCCUCUUAUGCUGACAGUGAUGAAGACAUAAACUCGGACUAUGCUAGUGAUGAGGAUUAUUCUAUUGAAGAGGAAACAGCUACUCCCACUGGAGGAGGUCAAAGGUCAAAGCUUAGGACUCAAAAGCGUCAUCAGGCUGAUAGUCCUCUCACUAUAUCCCUGAGCCCAUCUCUCAGUGCUAAGAGUUUGGCUGGGAAUUCUUCAUUGGAUGAUAGCUUACAGACACCAAAGUUUCAAGUCCAAAAGCAACAAGGAUUGAAAAUGACAUUAAAGAAAGGCUCAAUUGCCUCUCCCCCUGUGGAAGAAGAAUCUUUAAAAAUGAAUGUCAAGAUUCCUCUGCUAACGUUGCAGUUUCCCUCUGCUAAAGGACUAGCAAGGAUACCUAAGAAGAGAUCAGCAUCACAAAUGACCUCAGAUCAAAGUGGUGAAAAUAGUAAUCGGGACAAAAGACCGAAAAUAAUUAGCAAUAAUAAUUAAUAAGUAAUAAUAACGUUAUUAAUCAAUCCUGACUGUAAUGGUGACAUUUAACUAUGAAUAUUUAUAAUUCAUUAUUAUUACUAUUAUUAUUAUUGUAACAGCAUUGUAUUAU